AGUCGAGCGGCCCGGCUCCUCGCGCGUCAUAUGAUAAAGCCUGGAGAAAAGCCAGCCCCGUUUGGAAAAGGAGGGCCCAUAUCUCCGUCAACGUGCGCAGGGCCCCCUUUAUCUCCGGCAGGCAGGGAGGCGUAUCCUUUUCCCCUCCGCACUCCCCUCCACAUACCACUCUCUCUCUCUCUCUCUCUCUCUCUCCCUCCAGCCAGACUACAACCUGCUUCAGACGACGCCCCGCCGCCCAUGAGAUUUCCACACGGACCACAGCCGCCGUGCGUCUUUUCCGCCGAGCAGGCCGUCGGACUCGCGUUCUCGUCGGGCUGUGCGCGCGAGCAGCCCGCGGCAUCACCUCGGCUGUAAGAGCGAGAGGGAGUCAGCCAGAGGAAGAAGAGGAGAAAAGAAGGAGGAGGAGGAGGAGGACGAGGAGGAGGGAGGAGAGGAAGGGGUGUGAGAGGAUUCCGAAUUGACGCGCAGAAAUAAACAACACGACACCUUGAGACGUCUGCGGCGGGAGCAGCAGCAUCCGCAACUGAGAUGGCUGAGGUGUCACAAGAGGAGAGACUCCAGGCCAUCGCUGAGAAAAGGAAGAAGCAGACAGAGAUUGAAAACAAGAGGAGGCAACUGGACGAUGACCGAAGGCAACUCCAGCAUCUAAAGUCGAAGGCCCUGAGGGAACGCUGGUUGUUAGACGGAGCCCCUGCAGAGGAGGAGACUCAGAAACGUCUCCAUGAGGACGAAGUGAAGACCAAACUUCUAGAGCAGGUCAUCCUGAGGCUGGAGCAGGAGAUUGAAGAGCUGGAGACAGGCGCACCAGCCAAUAAGGGUGUGGCCAAAGAAAAUGGAGGUGAAAACGGAGUAGUGCAGAGCUCUGGCCAGACCCCGAAGAGGGAGGUGACGGGGAUCGAAGCAAAGCUCCUGGGCCCGAGCCCUGACCAGGCCAGUGCCGACAACCCGGUCACUCUGGUGUUCAUGGGCUACAAGACCGUCGAGGAGGAGCAGGAGAGCCGCACGGCCCUGGGCAUGGAGGGAGUGGACGGCAAUGUCAAGGCCGAAUUUGUUGUGAUCGAAGACGGAGAGGGGAAAGCCGGGGGAGACGCGGCCACAGAUGAGCAGGCCCCCCCCAACGGGAGCAUGGCGGAGAAGGAGAAAGCCAAUGGGAGCGGCGAGGAGGGGGAGAAGGAGAAGGAGAAGAAACAGACCUGCAAAUGCUGCACGGUCAUGUGAGCUCUAGGCGUGCGCACGUGUGUGUGUGUGUGCGUGCGUGUGUGUGUUUGUGCGCGUGUGUGCAGAUAUGUGUAUGAAUGAGUGCGCUCCCGCACUUGUGCGGGCAUGUGUGCCAUUGCAUGUGUCUGUCUUUGCAGAAGUGUGUAACUCCGACAAAAAGAAAAACAAAAACAGAAGUUCAGUUACACAGCCAAUGUACCAACAAUGAGAGCCAAAACAAGCUCCAGCUACAAGAACCACAGAGACUCAGUACACUUUACUCUAUAUACUUUCUCUGAUAUGUAUUUGACUUUUGAUUUCUAUUGAUAUUUUUCUAUUUUUCUGUCUUUGCAUUUAUAUUGUAUUCAGUAUGUAUAUCUUUAUUAUGGGACUGUGUACUGUAAGUUCAUUGUUAUUAUUGUUGGAAAAAAGAAAAAGAAGAUGUAUUAGGAUUCUCUGGAUUGUACUGCUUCUGUGUGGAGAAAAAAUCUGGACAUUAUAGACCAUUUAAUUCAAAACAACAAUCUAUGAAGGACACAGAUACUUAAAUAUAUAUAUAUUUCUCUGUGUAGUCCUACCAACUACUUAUCGGUCAAUUUCAUAUUGCAAUAUUGUCUAAGAUAUUAUUUUAAAUAGUAUUUUAAUAUAUUGAUAUGAAAUUAUGUUUUAUACAAUGUAUUUAUUGUUUCUGGUUCUCUCGAUCAUCUCCAACCAUUAACUGCAUGUAAGCUUGUGAGCACUACCAGAUUUGCGUUACACUCAUGUUAAGUGUCUGUGCUUUCUUAGACUCAUACGUGCUCAUAACUUUUAGUCACACAAGUCUUUCGAUCGGCGACAGUGAGUAUAAUUGGCGGCGUUAAGAGAUAUGCAUCAUGUUUGAAAAACUCAGCAGCAACAAGACGGAUAGAAUCGGACGCCACAUUGCACACCGCAUCAGCUUGACAGUAGAUUCUGCGACACGUGCACAUGCAAAUCACAGGCUUUGUGUGUUUUUCUUUCAGAUAAGACGGCUAUGCUUUGAAUUAUUAAAUUCAUGAGACCAUAAUGCACUGAUUUGAAAGGCCUAAAUAAUUCUGUUCUCUCAACAGUAGAAUUAAUGUAAAUCUUUAUAAGGUAGCACUGCAUGAAGCCUUGCAACUUCUUCGACUUGUCAUUGUUUCGUCGUCCUUGUACGCUAUCACAAUCACAUGAAUGUAAAUCCAGGGGUUAAAUUGGGAAAAUGCUCCACCAUAAUAAGAAGAGACAGGCUUGAUCAGCUCACCAUGGAAAAAAAGAAAAUAAACAAGCUUACUGUCUCUUCAUGAACCAAAUAAAAUUUGAUGUUACUGUAAUUUCACUGUGUGUUGGUUGGCUGCUGGUUUCUGUCCUGCUCACUCCCAGUUUAACCCCUGACCCUUUGUCUGUAGACCUGGGCCCAAUCGUACUUGAAUAGAGGUAGAGAAAAACAGACUUUUAGGGGCAGUUAACAGACUUUUGUCAUAAAUAUUUUUAGUAUCUUGAGGCCUUAAAUCCCGUCACCCUAAAAAUACAAUAUAUAGGAUUUAGCUUAACCCUGGGACCCAAUCUUUGGAGCAACUGUUUUGUCAUUAGCAGUACAAACAGUGAAAACAACCACGCCUUUUAAACAUUGUGGGUUACUAGCCAAGACAAUGCAUGCAUAUACACUGUCGUAGUUAAAAGCCUAGAAAGCCUAUUAAAAUACAUUUUGGCCCGAGUCUCCUCAUUCGUCUGGCAGACAGAUGAGGCUAUGGAUGGUCUGGGUCUGCGGCGCUAACCGCUUCAGCUCCCCUCGGGCUCAUCCAUGUCUCUUGACUCAUCCACCAUCAUUUUAUCACUUCGUCUUCAUCGUUAAACCAUCACCUGACCUUCUAUGCUCAGAGACACACAGUUUCAAACCUCUGAAGUUGGUGCUAAAUAUUGAGUCUUGUCUAAAACUCUCCAUCCACCAACUAUUGUUCGAGUCGUUCCCUCUGUCACACUCAAACUGCUGGUCAGGGGGUGUUUCUAGCCUCCAGCAUACAUCUGCCGAACACGCGAGGCUUUUGCAACCCUCAGUGCCAGAUGCGUCCUCUCAAGUCCUGCUUACAUUUUACCACCAGAGAAGAGAUCCCUUCUUACAUUCCAAAGGGAGGUCACAGCAGGCGCGGACGGAUAGCGAUAGUCUAUGCUUUCCAUAUGUACAGUUCCACUGUAAUUGUACAAGUUGCAACCUUGUUUCUUAUAAUGACUCUCAUGGUUUUUGUUUUUAUUUUCUAUGGCCUCUUUGCAAGGCGGUAUAUUGUAUUCGAUGUGUGUUUUUGAAGAAGAAAAAAAAAAAAGAUACAUCUGUGUAUUGUUGGUGCCUUUGUCAGGUUCAUUUGGUUGGACUUGUCUGUCUGCCGCCAUUUUUUUAGACUGGGGUUUUUCUUGCUGUACUCCCGGUCAGGAUGACCCACUGGAAACACUGCCUUCUGCUCUGAAGGGUAGCCACACAAGUAUACGAGGACGCGCUCAUGUCUGACGAACAAUAGUGGCAAGCUUGGAAUGACUGCUAAUAUGCAGGCGACUGUUAGUAUCUUCAAAAGGAAAAUCUUUGCGUCCUGUAAUGACUUUUUAAAAAAAAAAAUUUAUUGUAACAGAAUAAGUUUUUUAGCUCACACACACGGAAAAAUUUUAUCAAAAACCAACCUUUACUCAAAGUCCAUUUCAUGAGGAUGCAAAAGUUUUAACGAGGACUAGCUAACAGCCUGUGUAUAUACAGUACAUACACGUGUAUAUAUGUGUCUGUAUGCAUACAUGCGCUUGUAUACAUAGAAAUACAUGUAAAUUAGGUCAGCUAAAGCUUUGCUUAAUAGUGGGUCUCUGGGAUAGCAGCAGAAAAAACAGUCUUGUGUUAGACCAAUGCCUGUUCAUCUAUUCUGUGGCCGUCUAAAUGUUUAAUCUGGAAUAAAACUACUGUUUGUUUACAGCAA